UGUAGGUACUGUGGUUGGGGUUUCAUUGUGAAUGUAGAUGUUGUAGUAGUAGUAUGAACUAACUAAAACUAGGACAAAAGAAAGCAGGGGAAAGUUGUGGGGAAGCUAAGAAAGGUAUUACAAAGAGAUAUGACAGUGAAAAAGUUCUUAUACUUUUGGGGUUUUGGAGUUUUUAUAAGGUUCUGUUCUGUGGGUACUGUGGUUGGGGUUUCAUUGUGAAUGUAGAUGUUGUAGUAGUAGUAUGAACUAACUAAAACCAGGACAAAAGAAAGCAGGGGAAAGUUGUGGGGAAGCUAAGAAAGUUUCUUUGGAAGGUUUCAGGGAGUGCAUAACUGGUGUAAGAAAGAAUAGUCUGGGAACUCAGCUUAAACAUUGCUACCAACUCUUUGUGUAGUGUGCUUAUUUUGGGUGAAUAUAAUGAGUUAUAGUGGCUCCAGUAGGGGUUCUGGUAGUAGAACUACUAGAAGAACAUUCGAGUAUGGAAGAACCCAUGUGGUUCGGCCCAAGGGGAGGCACCAGGCCACCAUAGUUUGGCUGCAUGGCCUUGGUGAUAAGGGAUCAAGCUGGUCCCAGCUCUUGGAAACCCUUCCUCUUCCAAAUAUUAAGUGGAUUUGCCCAACUGCUCCUACCAGGCCAGUAGCAAUAUUUGGUGGAUAUUCUUGCACUGCUUGGUUUGAUAUGGGAGAUCUUUCAGAAGACACUCCUGAUGAUUUGGAGGGGUUAGAUGCUUCAGCUGCACAUGUGGCUAAUCUUUUGUCGACAGAACCUGCUGACAUCAAACUUGGAAUUGGUGGCUUCAGUAUGGGUGCUGCAACAGCACUCUACUCUGCAACAUGCCGCAUAUUAGGACAAUAUGGAAACGGAAGCCACUAUUCGGUCAACCUAAGUGCAAUUGUGGGAUUAAGUGGCUGGCUUCCAUGUUCAAGGACAUUGAAAAGCCGGAUGGAGAGAUCACAUGAGGCAGCAAGGCGAGCAGCAUCUUUGCCUCUUUUGCUCUGCCAUGGUUUAGGUGAUGAUGUAGUUGCAUACAUGCAUGGAGAGAGAUCAGCACAAGUCUUAAAUUCAGCUGGAUUUCGGGAUCUUACAUUUAGAUCAUAUGAUGGGCUUGGUCAUUAUACCAUUCCCGAAGAGAUGGAUGAAGUCUGUAAUUGGCUAAUAGCCAGGCUGGAACUUGAGGGUUGACAAGGACGAACAAAAAGAUUAUCAAAGCAACGACGAGAUACAGAAAGAAGGGUAGUCAUAUUAUGUACAAGGAUUAAAGAAGGCACUCUAGAAUACUAGUACGGUGUGGGGUAUAUGGUAUAGCAGCAAAGCUCCAAUGUAAUCUCCUUUUUUAAAUUUUAUUUUUAGGUUAAGCAAUGAAGCUUAAAUAAGGCUUAGGUUUGUAAUUUGGUUUGCUACCAAGGAAUUGGUACCUGUAGUUUUUGUUAUUUGGGUUGAGAUGCAGUGGAGAUAAGUGACUCUCAGUUGCUUUGGUAUUUUAGGAAAUUUUGUUGUCUGGGUGAAUUAUUACCGUAUUGUUAUGUGCCCUAACAUUGGCCGUACCUUGGAGUUGAUAAUAAAAGGUCAUUCCGGGUGGGUUUAUUUCUA